GGACUUAUAUUUCAGGAAUACAGAACUAAUGUUUUUUUUUUUUUCCUUAUAGCCUAAGGACUAUGUACUAGUUGUUGAAAUGGAUUGGCAAGUAGCAUCCAGUCAGUCUCUGCUUUGUUCAGGUUUAAGAAACAGGUUGCAAAUAUAGGGCCUUAGUUUAAAUAGUCUCUUUAGACCAUGUAUCUGCAAGCAUGUUCCAUGGACUAAUCCCACUGGCCAUUUGUUUUCAAAAAUAAAUUCUUAUUGGGACAGGUACAGUCACUGUUUGUGCAUUUGCUGUGGCUGCUUUUGGCCAAUGCACUAUUACAUAAGAAAGCAGCGUCUCUAAGAAUAUAGGCCCCAAACUGGAAGUACUGACCUCGUUACAGAAAAGAGGACUGACUGUCUUAAAGAAGGUGACUUCCAUCUCCAUAGAGUUGGAGCCAACCACACUUCAGACUUGUGAAUAUGCUGACCAAAUAUAACCAUUCAAGGUCUUUAAGGAGCCCCAUUACGCAGGCAUAAUUAAAUUGCUGGCCAUUGGAGAGAAACUUUGCAUCUUGUAUUUAUUCCCCUUGAGGUUGUGGGCUUACAGGAUGGAGCCUAAAGUCUCAACUUUGUUACUACAUGCUUAAUUACAGCAACUAGCCCCAUCUUCUAACUCAUCUUUGUAACAUUAAACUCCUCAGGUAUGCUUAAAGGGGAAUUAAUGAAUUAUGAAUGAUCAAAGAUAUUCUGGGAAUCUUCAAGGGCUUUUGGAGCUUUGUCAGAAACCAGGGAUGUUGUGCAGCUCUCCACACUUGAGAUACGGCACAAGAUAGCAGAGCUGGAGGCCAACCUCAACGGUGACCUUGCAGGCAGUGAGUGGAAAACCCGGUACGAGACCCAGCUGGAGCUGAAUGACCAAUUGGAAAAGCAAAUAGUGUCUCUGAAAGAGAAAAUGGAAAAGAUGCGUGGAAACCCUUCAGAUAGACUGUCUUCCAUUCGUGUCUAUGAGAAGAUGCCAGUGGAAUCUUUAAACGUAUUACUUAAACAACUAGAAAAAGAAAAAAGGAGUCUCGAAAGCCAAGUGAAAGAAUAUGCGUUUAGACUGGAGCAGGAGUCAAAGGCAUACCACAGGACCAACAAUGAGCGCCGUUCCUACAUCGCGGAAAUGACUCAGGUUUCUGGCUCAAAUCAAGUAUCCAAGAGGCAACAGAUGGACCCACUGCCUAGAAUGAAGGAAAGUCCGGUGAAAACUGGAAGACACAAUUCCAUGAAUCAGAAGACAACAAAUGCCAAGAAAGGACCAGUUAAAAAGGUUCCAAGAUCAAACCAUCUUCCAAAACUCAACCCGUGACUCCAGAGCUGGGCAGACUUCUAUUUUUUCCAUCUUUUUCGUCAUUCAGUGUCUUCAGUUUAGGAAGCUAAUGUUCAAUACAUUCCUCAGGGGAGGAAAUAGAUGAGGGAGAGCGGCUUCUCUCACUCUUUCAAAAGUUGAUUCUUCUGCCUGCAUAAAAGUCAUGGGUCUCCAGCAACCCUAAAUAUCCAGUACAUGUGCUUAUAGUUCUUACAAUACCUUAGAAGGGACCCGAAGGUUGACAUCCUUCUGGCACUCUCAGUAGAGUGUUUCUGAUAUUCUCUGAUUGCACUUUUAUGUUGUAUUUGGUUUCUAAAUUGACCAUUAGUUAGAACUAUAUAUUGUUUUAUAUAUUAUAUAUAAUAUCUCCACCUUUUUGUUAUUUUAAAUUGCAUCAUGCUCAGUUCAACUUUCUAAAAUCAAGGUUUCAACAUAUUCCCAGAUCACAUGCAUAUGAAAGUUUCAGGAAAAUAUUAUCAAUAACUUCAGCCAUGCACUGCAUUGUUCUUGCCCCCAUCCCCCCCCCCCCCGCCAGUAACCUUGAGGAUUUAGGGUUAUCCUAUCACCUCAUGUUUAUUUCCUACAUCUAGAAAAAUGGCUGUGCUAAACUGUAUAAUUUAUAAAAUUUCUAGAAAUUCAGUCACAGGGGUCUGCCACUGUGUAUGUGGCAUUAAAGUCAUUUUGUGACAUUUACUAAUUCACAAAAAUGGUCUAGUUUUUGGACCAAACUUUGCAGGAGUUUGGAAUACUGGAGACUAGAAGGAAAUAGAGGGAGAAUAAGAAAUUGUUUUUAGGACCUAUGAACUUUAUUGAAUUUUAUUCAUGUUUAGGGUGUUUUGUGACUCGAAUGUUUUUUCUAAUUGUAGUAGAGAUCAGGAAGAUUCAUAUAACUUACCCAUUUAAAUGAGAGAAAUUAUUGGAAUUUAAAUUUCUUGUGCAUGUUAAGCAAGUGGUGUUUUAACCUAUAUCUGAUGAAAAAAGUCAUUUGUUUCCUUUUAUAUGUAAUGUGCCUUUUACACCUGAGGGGUUUAUGUGUAUGUAUGUAUGUGUGUAUGUAUGUAUGUAUGUAUGUAUGUAUGUAUUAUGCAUAAUAUGUACAUGUAUGUGUAGAUAAUAGAACCAUAAUGCUGCACUCAUGAACUUGCAGUAGCUAUGGUUGCCUGCACAAAACCUGCUCAAGAUCAAGCUAGCCAACAUUCCAGCUCCAGUGGCAGAGGGACACAUGGGCCUCACCCCUAGCUGAGAAGCUGGUGACAGCAAGGUCUGCUAGGAGAGGGAGAGUCCGUCCUUUUAAGGGUGUGGUCCCUGGUAGGUUCAGAAUGAUCCAGUAGAUGGCCCCACGGCUAUGUAUUUAUGGACAGCACUAACUGGCUUCAAUGGAAUAGAUGUGUGUGUGAAUAAACAUAUAUAUGGAUGUAUAUGUGUGUAUGUAUACACACGUAUUUAAAGAUAUGCUGUUGGGAAGGGGUUAUGGGAUCUUGGAAUUGGUGUGUGUAUGAAAUAAAUACAUUGUAUACAUGUGUGAAAUUAUCGAAGAAUAAAAUAUUUUAAUAAAAUGGAAUAUUGACAUGA